AUGAAAGUUUCCUCUACUGCUCUUCUGCUUUCCACCAUCACUUUGGCUGCUGCCAAGGACAGCAAGAUCCGUGGAGCCCCAAAGACAGAAGGCAACCGUGCUCUCAAGAAAGGAGACAAGAAGAAGGACAAGCACCGUAAGGUUUACGCUUCCAACUCGGCUGAUUAUCAAAACCAUUACUUGGUGGGUUUGUUGAAUUACCCCAACGCUGAUAUUCCUGACAUCUUGAAUGGCGUCACAUCGGGUACCUAUUUGGAUGGAUAUGGAGCUCCUUACCCUUAUGUGCCAUCGGUUGGAUUCUCCGAUAUUGAACCAUUCUAUGCCAACGGAGAGAUCGUUCGCGGUGAAUUCUUCUGCUUGUCGGAUAAUGGUUAUGGAGCUUCUACCAACAGUGCCGACUAUGCUCUAAACAUAGUUCACAUGAAGAUUCAGAAACCAUUCACAUACCGUCACGGAGAAGGCACCUACGAUGCCUACACACCUACUGAGAAUCUUGGAACUGCCCUUAUUCAUGAUCCAAAUAGACUCAUUCAAUGGGAGAACGGUGCCGAUAUUCAAGUUGCAUACCACGUUCCGGAUGCUACUUGGGAUACGUUCAAGGACCUUCGUGUCUUGACUGGACGAGAUUUCGACGUCGAAGGGCUUGCUGUUAUCAACGAGAAUCUUGCCAUUGUUGGUGACGAGUUGAUGCCUGCCAUCUUUGCCGUCAAUCCCACCACUGGUGUAGUACUUUCCCCAUUUGUCCGUACUCCUGACAUUGAUGAGGACGGACACUUCAACGGCAAAUACCUUUCCACACGCGGAGACAAGGUCCACUGUACUAUUGAAGCUUUGGAGAAGAAUGAAUGCCUUGAAGUCGAGUCUGGAGUUGUGGAUGCAUCGAAAUACCGCAAGCAUGAUCCUUCUGGUGGAUACGAGGGAUUUUCUGUAUUGGCAGAUGGAAGUAUUGCUGCCUUCCUCGAGAAGACUUCUGGCGAUUCCACUCUUGGUGACGAACCAGGUGUCCGUGUCUACAGAGUCGACCCUGGUAAUGGCUCCCCUGAACACCCUCCAUCGUUCACAGAGUUCCUUGGAUACUAUCCAUUCGAAUUAAAUGCUGGAAACAUUGCCGAUGUUUCGCCCAUUCCAGGAUCCGAUCGAUUGGUUGCUGUCAUUGAGCGCAACGGGUUCCCAUCUGGUCAAGUGUUCCCAGCCCCAGUCAUGCCCGCCAACAAGCUGUGCGUCGUCGAUCUCUUGGAUGUCGAUGAUGACAUGGUCAUGACGAAGAAGAAGUGCAUCUUGAACUACCACAGCAUCGAUGAUCCCUGGGACGUUGAUGGAAAUGGAAUUCUAAAGUAUGCCCAAACUCAAGUCACUAACGAACAAGUCAUUGUUGUUGAUGACUACUGUAUCAUUGCUGGCACUGACACCAAUUUCCCCUUCACCAACCAAUUUGGUGUCAACGUCGACGAACUUCCGUUUGGACAAGAAGUUUCAGACACAAGAUUCAUGGUUGUUUGCUUUUUGGAACCCAUCUUCAAUCUGGAUUACCCCUUGAUGGAAUAA